AUGCUUUCAAUGUUUUUUUCUUUCUCUCUUUCUUUCUUUUUCAAGAUCUUCUCCAUACUUUUACUUUUUACUCAUGUUUUCUUUCAUUUCUUUUUUAUUUCCUUCUUUCAUAUUUCCAAGUUUUUCUUAUUUAUUUGCUGCUUGAUUCCAACCUUUUUCCGUUCUCUCCUGCAUUUCUCCUUCUUAAUUUAUUUAUUUACUUAUUCUCCUUUUGAUUUUUUUUUAUCUUUCUCUUGUAGUUUUAUUUGGCAUGUUAAUUCUUUCGAUGUUUUUCUAUUCGUCUUCUUAAAAAUACGGUUUUAUGACAUCUUUCUUUCUUAUUCAAUUUUCUUUCCUUGUUUCUUUUCUAUCACUUUUUUUCAAUUUUUCUUUUUAUUCGUUUUUUUUUCUUUCUUUCUUUUUCUACAGUGUUUCUUCCGUUCUUUCUUAAUUUUUCUUUCUUUCGUUUUUCUAUGUAUAUCUUUUGAUUUUUUUUUUUUAUCCUUUCUUUUCCCGUCUAUUUCUCUCUUUCUUCCCCUCGACUUUACGGUCAAUAUAUUAAAAUUUUCAUUUUCUUUUCUACCUCCUCUUAUUUUAUCUUUCUCUCUAUCUUUUUAUUUAUAUAAAAGGAUGUAUUUUUAUGUAAAUUUUGGCAAAAGAGGCGGUCGACUGAUUGUUAAUGUCAAAAAGAAACGAAGGGAAAAUAUAAAGAAUGGAACGACAACAGAUCCUCACACCUUUAGCCUCCGCAAAGUAUUUGAAGUUGAAUGUUAG